AUGCUAAUUAACGCGGGAUCGCGAAACGCGUAUCGGAAGAUUGUUGACCCGAGAGGCACAAUGAUUACUACUCUAACACAUAGAUCCUUGAGAUUAUGCCAUAGAGUCAAUUUUGCAAGCGAAGUCAUAUUACGAAACAAUUGUCUGCCAGGCACCCGAAAUGCAUCGCUGACUUCAAAUAUCGCACGCGCUGCUAGAAAGUCAGCCGCCAUCGACGCAUCGAGACAGAAAUACGAUCGUUCUUUAAAGGAUGACAGACGCUCCACUGCUUCAUCUUUUCGAGAAGACCCCAGGAAUAAUCGUCCAUCUUACGACCGUGAUACUCCUGCCAAACGACGCAGUAACAAAGAUGAGAAGCGCGAUUACACUUUGAACUGGUUGAACAGAGGGAGAGUCUCGAAAUCCAGUGGUGAAGGCUAUGUGAACUCCCAUAAAAAGCUUGGAAAAGGCUCUGGUAAUAUCAAAAGAAGGCGAGGCAAGGAUCACGAGCCGACCGAUGCCGUUCCAGAACGAAUAAAGACCAACGUACCCGUACCGGCGACAAUACCCUAUACGACACCCGCAUCCGAGUUUAUAUACGGCUUAUCUGCAGUGGACGCGGCUAUACGAUGUACUCGCCGCAAACUCUACAUGCUAUACAUAUACCAAGCCGUUGGGGAGGAACUUAGCCCCGAGAAGAUUGCCCUACGCAAAUUAGCGCUUGCCCGCGGAAUACAAGUCAAGAUGGCGUUUGCGGGAUGGGACAAGCUACUGGAUAAAAUGAGUGCAGGCCGUCCACACAAUGGAGUCAUUCUUGAAGCGUCGCCCAUGCCACAAAUCCCGGUUACCAGUCUAAGGCCCGUUCCUUCACCCAUUGAUGAUUUUUUUGAAGUUGGUCUGGACAAGCAGUCCGUGGAAGAGGCUGAAGUGAAUGGCUCGAGUAACCGCAUUGCACGUGUGGAACGAUUUGAAGAGGUCGAGAAGUCUCGGUUCCCUCUAGUCAUCCUUCUAGAUGGCAUCCUUGAUCCCGGAAAUAUGGGCGCUGUCAUUCGGUCUGCUUAUUACCUGGGUGUAGACGCACUCGUUCUGACAGGCCGCAACUCCGCACCCCUGACGCCGGUCACAAUCAAAGCCAGUGCAGGCGCCGCUGAGAACAUGACAAUAUUCAAAGCUAAAAGUGAAAUUGAUUUCAUCCGCCGCUCGCGGGAGAACGGUUGGCGCUUUUACGCCGCAGAUUCUCCCCAAAACGUCUCUGACCUGGCCGCAACUCAUGGCACAUUGGCUGAUUAUACGGCUACAGUUGCUGCCAAUGGAAGCAGUCCCAGUGCAAGUCUCCUGACUUCUGCACCAACGGUUCUAAUGCUCGGUAACGAAGGAACUGGUCUAUUACCUCGCAUCAAAGCCCAGGCAGAUGGGUACGUCUCUAUCCCUGGAGCCCGUAUCCGACCCGAUUUGGGAAUCAAUGAUGCCGCUCGUGUCGAUAGUUUGAAUGUCAGUGUUGCGGCGGCGUUGUUGAUGGAGAUGUUUAUGCGCGUUCCUCUUCGAGUUGCGAGUGCUGUGCCAGUGUCUUGGACUGGUUCGGAGAAGGCCACGGAAGAUACGACGCCUCCGAAAUCCUUCGAUUUCGACUAG